CAUGCCCGACCUUUGGCUGCUGCAUUUCACUAAGGAAGAGCAGGGACGAGGGAGAGGGAGGAGAAGUUUGUUUUAUUGAAAACGAGGCUAAUGUCCUCUCAACUGAAAGCGAUCUGAGAAUUGCUCAGUCUGUGGAGUGGGCAGUUAUGGGGCGAGUGAAGAAUCUAAUUUUGGUUUUUCUGGCUAUUAUUGUGACAGCAGUGCUUCUAAGGAGACUGCUAGGAGUAUAUGCCUUCAUAGUUCCCCUUCUUUAUAUGUUUUUUGACGUGAAUUGGAGUCUACGCGUAACGUGGAUUGUUUUGAGAAGGAUGAUUAUUUUUAGUAGAGCUUCGUCCCCUGAUUUCUUGGAAGUAUUUGAGACGACUUUCAUCGUCCUUCCGUCGGAUAUUGAUUUGAAUCUUCACAUGAACAAUGCUAGGUAUCUCCGUGAAUGUGACUUUGGAAGAAUUAAUUUGUGGAUUUCAAGUGGAAUGAUGCGUGUAAUGAGAAAGAGUAGGUGUGGUGUGACAAUUGCUACUGCUAGUGUGCGUUAUCGGCGAUCGCUUGAACUUUUUCAAAAAGUAUUUCUGAAAACAAGAGUCAUAGCAUGGGAUGAGAGUGCUUUCUAUUUAGAGCAGCAAUUCACAGGAGAGGAUGGCUUUGUUUAUGCAGUUGCACUAACAAAGAAUACAGUAGUUCAAGGAAAUAAGAGAGAAAAAUUUAUUUCACCUGAGGAACUAGUUCACCAACUGACUGGAUGGAAUGCACCUAGUCCACCCAUACCUCAUGACUUACAUCUUUGGAUUCAGUACAACAGUGCAUCAAGUGCUAUGUUGAAGAAUGCUUUGUGAACAUUGUACUGUUGAUCAGUGAUUUGGUAGCUUGGAGAACAAGUGUGAUUUUUUUUUGUGCUUUUCAGGAGAUUGGAGGUAAUUGUGAAGUGAACAUAAAAUGCAGGUUAUGCUCAAGGGGAAGAGCUUGAACAAUAGUAUGCAUACAUGUGUUAUUUUUUUGCACUCCUUGCUUUUUGUCUGCCUCUGUUCACCUGAAUGAUGCAAAAAAAUUACAUCUGUCCUGUAGGCUAGU